AUGUCGAGAGAAUCGUGGCCAAGCGAAACAGCCGCCCCCUUGGACCGCACCCCCUCCCCCCCUUCCUUCCUCCACACCCCUACCCCACCCACGGUAGUCCCUGCAGAAUCCUUACCGCCACCUCCUCAGCCCCCCCCACUCAACGUCACACGCGGGAGUGAGCGAGAGGAGGAGGAGGCGGCUGUGCUGCUUCUGCUCACGGCGGCCAACCCCCCAACCCCCCGUCCCCGCCACCUCCUCUUCACAGCAGUAGCCGCGGGAGGGGAGACGACGGGGGAGGGGGGGGGGGAUAGAGGGGCGGGCGGCAAAGCGUGUGGUUGGCGCUGGCGGGGGUCUUUGCCGGCAGUUGCGCUGCUGGCGGGGUUCUCUGCCGGCGGUUGCGCUGCUGGCGGGGGUCUCUGCUGGCGGUGGCGCUGCUAG